CUCGCAGUUUCUGUAUACGCCUACAGCCUUUGGUCCAGUUAGUAAUCAACUCCAACGGAUUGAACUCACAGCCGUUCAUCAUUUGACAAGAAAAAAACAAACCAAGGACAGUGCCCUCGUGUCGCCCUAUUCGGACAUUCCAAAAAGACGUUUUAGCUUUAAGUUUUCGCGUUACAUUCGUUUUGUUUCGGUUUUGUGUUGUAGUUGUAAUCUAGCUAAUCUCUCUAAAUUAAAAUCAUGGAUAAUUUCGCAAUGGAUUUUAACCAGUUUUGCACUUUUGAUACUUUCAGAAGGCUAUGGGAACAUUAUGGAUACGGUCGUAGGUCUAAUCUUCAAGAUUUAAGAAAAAAAGAGUUCGCCAGGAUUAAAGGAAUGACUUACUUGGAUCAUGCUGGAACAACAUUGUAUCCAGAGUGUCUUAUUAAAGGAUUCUUCCAAGAUAUGGCUAGUAAUGUCUAUGGCAACCCACACAGCCAUAACUCCAGCAGCAGGCUAACCCAUGACACAGUUGAACGUGUCCGCUACAGAAUAUUACAGCACUUCAACACCAGCCCAGAAGAAUAUACAGUGGUUUUCACUUCUGGCUGCACUGCUGCACUCAAACUUGUGGCUGAGAGCUUUCCCUGGAAGGCAGCCUCCACUGAGGAGCCGGGAAGUCAGUUCUGUUACCUGACUGAUAACCACACUUCAGUAGUGGGAAUCAGGGCAGUAGCAUCCUCAUUUGGAGCUGAAGUUAUUUCCAUUUUACCAGAAGAGGUGGAAACCAGAGUAAAAGUAAUGUCCCAGACAGGUGGCAAAGGAUACCAAGUGCCACACCUAUUCAGCUACCCUGCUCAAAGCAAUUUCUCUGGAAAUAAAUACCCUCUAUGGUAUGUGAAGGGUAUCCAGGCCAGGAAGCUGUACCCCUCUUGCGACAGAGAAGGAACAUGGUUUGUUUUACUGGAUGCUGCCUCUUUUGUAAGCUGCUCAUUUUUGGACCUCCAAGAACACCCAGCUGAUUUCGUACCCAUCUCUUUCUACAAGAUGUUUGGCUUCCCCACAGGACUGGGAGCUCUUCUUGUCAGAAAUGAUGCAGCAUCCAUCCUUAAGAAAUCAUAUUUUGGAGGAGGGACUGCAGCAGCUUAUUUGCCAGAAGAGGACUAUUUUGUAGCAAGGCCAACCACCUCCAGCAGAUUUGAAGAUGGCACUGUAUCUUUUUUGGAUAUAAUUUCCCUACAUCAUGGUUUUGAGACACUGCAGAGGCUCACUGGUAGCAUGGACAGAAUCCAGCAGCAUACCUUUGGUCUUGCACGCUACACAUACAUCUUAUUAACCAGCCUUCACCAUAGCAACGGAAAACCACUGGCUCGGAUCUACUGUGACACAGAUUUUGAAGACCCCAGCAUGCAGGGUGCCAUCCUUAACUUCAACCUACUGGACAGCCAAGGAAACUUUGUGGGGUACUCUCAGGUGGAGAAACUGGCAAGUCUUUUCAAUAUCCAUCUGCGCACUGGUUGUUUCUGCAACAUAGGUGCCUGCCAGUUUUACCUGGGCAUCACCAAUGAAGCAGUGAAGAGUAAUCUACAGGCAGGUCACUCAUGUGGCGACAACAUGGACCUUAUUGAUGGGCAUCCAACAGGAUCAGUGCGCAUAUCCUUUGGUUAUAUGUCCAGCUUCGAUGACUGUCAGAACUUUCUCAAGUUUAUAGUGAAGUGCUUUGUCCAGGGGCCGGUAAAAUUCACAGAGGAAAACCUAGAGAGACUGAGACCUGCAGCAGCUCCACACAUCCAGGACCCCCUGCUGCUAUUACCAGGUGUCCAGUCUGAAAAUGGAAGGAAGAAGGAGGAGUAUGAUUUGACGGCUGCAAGGAUAACCUCAUCUGGAGAACUUGGUACCCCAGCAGCUAGAGGCAUGGGAACCCCUGGAACACUAACCAACAUCUUCCUGUAUCCAAUUAAAUCUUGUGCUGCCCUGGAGGUGAACGAAUGGCCCUUGGGACCACAGGGUCUGUUGUAUGAUAGGGUAUGGAUGGUAGUGAACAUGAACGGAGUUUGUCUAAGCCAGAAACAAGAGCCACGCUUGUGCCUGAUUUGUCCACAGGUCCAUUUGGACACAAAAAACCUGAGUGUGAAUGCAUCAGGAAUUAAUCCUAUAUUUGUUCCUCUGGAGGGCAGCAGUGAGCAAUAUCAGGCAGAGCCUGUGCAUCAGAGCAAGGUGUGUGGGGACAGGGUUCAAACAGUGGACUGUGGUGACAGAGUAGCUGCUUGGCUGUCAGAGUUCCUGGGGAAACCAUGCCGCCUCAUCAGACAAAGUCCUAAUUUCACCAGAGACAGGAGGCGAGACCACAAGACAGGAGGGUCAGCAGUUUCCUUGUCUCUGGUGAAUGAAGCCCAAUACUUGAUGAUCAACAGGGCUAGUAUAGAUCUCCUACAGGAGCUUAUCAUCGGCAGAAACGGUUCUGGCAGCUACCAGCACUUUGAUGUCCAGCAGCUGAUUCACCGUUUCCGUGCAAACCUGGUCAUCUGGGGAGAGGAGCCCUUUGAAGAGGAUGAAUGGACCAGCUUGAAGAUUGGCAGUACCCUUUUCAAGGUGGCUGGACAAUGUGGCCGGUGUCAGAUGAUUGGAAUUGAUCAGUCCACAGCAGCCAGGAGUCAAGAGCCUCUGCAAUCACUUGCCACCUGCCGCAAUGGAAAGGCCACCUUUGGGAUGUAUCUGAUCCACCAGGAGUCCUCGAGUUCUGUUUUAACGGUGGGAUCCCCUGUCAUUCCUGAAACAUUACCUGCCCAUCAGAAAACAAACUGUACACCUUAAUAGCACUAAAAGGAGACACACUUAUUCAUUUUUAGAGUUGUGGGCAAGCAUUUGAAAAUGAAAUGCAAAUUAAUAAAAGGAUGAAUGGUUAUGUCUAUUCAUUGCUGUUGUUAAUUCUGGACUUAGUCAGAUGACAAGCUGUAUCAUUUUCUUAAUAGCUGGUCACAUAUUCCUGAACAAAACAAUAUGAAUGCUGUCAAUACAUUAAAUAGGUUUGUGGUAUUAUAUAAUGUGGAUAUUUCACACUGUAAUGUAAGCGUUAGUUAGGACUGUAGUGUUUGUGAAGCAUGCAACAGUGAUGAGGUAAGAGUUGGAACGUUGCCAAAACAUGGUGGACGGUUGAAAAUGUUCAUGUCCCAUCCCCAUACAAGAAAGCAUACGAGAGCACAGAGUAUAGAAAUACAUACUAGAGUUAAUAAUUGCACAUUUAGGUACUGUACUGCAUUGUGUGACAAUAUUUUUGCAUUAUUUUUUAAUCUGAUAGCAAUGUUCCAUCUUAAAACUUCAUAAGGGGCUCAUUUAUAUGCUUUAUAAUGAACAAAAAGCAUUUUAUUCAAUUUUGGAGAGAUUUUGGAUAUGUUUCUGGACCCCUAGAUAUUUUAGACCACUGUACUGACUGAAAGCUUGUAAUUCCCACUUGAAAAUUAUGCAACAGUGAUUUUCUUGAGUCAAAACAGUUGAUUUGUAGUGAAAUACAUGAAUAUGUUGCGAUUUACAGCAAUGCAUAAUUUAGACAUUUUGGAUAGAUUUGGAGACGCUGGGUACACUGCUUAGUUUUUGCUUCAUACAUCUAUAGUAGUUCUACAUAUCCACCCUUAGAUUUUAUGAACUUGUGGUCAAGAAGUUUUUGAUCUAGCACAUGUAUAGUUUAACCUGCUGUAUAUAUGCAAUCUCUCAGUAUUUCAUUGCAAACUUAAAAAGUGCAGAUUCAUUUUUUAUUUUUUGUCAAAACAAUUGCAUUUGUGGCACUUUUCUAUUUCUUCCAAAAUUAUGAAUAUAAACUAAUCUGCAUUAGUAUUGUACAUUGUACAAAUGUCUUGCUUCAUUUAAGCCAUUUUUCAAGUCUCUGUGGUGUUCACAUCUGGAGUUAUAAAGCUUUAAAUAGGGUACCCCCUAAAUGGGCAAGGAUUGGCAAGAUUUGGCUUGUGCGCUAAGGGAUUAAAAUGUAGAAACAAGAGCUAAUUGAAUGUUGAUCCUCUUGCUGCUGUAAUGCUUAAAAAUUGUCUCUACUGAUUGAUUACUGAUUACUGAUGUCAGUAAUAAAGGUUUUGUGUUGCAAGUAA